GUUGAUCCGUUUAACCGUUUAAUCAUGGCGCUGCAGGGCGCGUGGCAGAGCGUCCUCCCGGUGCUGCGCCAGGUGGAGCCGAUCGUCGUGCUCCAGCAGCUGGGCUGCUCGCUCUACGACACCGCGCUGCAGAUGGUGGUCCGGGACCGGUGCACCAACGCCUCCUCUCCCGAUGACAGCAGCCGGCAGAAAGCCAUGGCGGACUUCUACAUGACCUACCACAUGAUCAUGCAGCUGAUGACCGUCCUGCCGAUGCUGCUGCUGGCCAGGCUGAGCGACCGCGGCUGGAGGAGACUCCCCAUCGUGCUGCCGCUGGUCGGGUACCUGCUGUCCCGGCUCACCCUGCUGCUGGUCAUCCUGCUCCGCGCCCCGCUGGCGGUGAUGUUCGCCGGGGCCGCGCUCUACUCGCUGACCGGCGGCUACGGCGCCUACUGGUCCGGCGUGAUGACGCUGGCGUCGCUCAACUCCACGGCCAAGAACCGAUCCAAGGUGAUAAUGAGAGUGGAGGUUCUGUAUGGGAUGGCGGGUCUGGUGGGCAGUCUGGUUUCUGGUCAUCUGUUCCACCUCUACAGCUCCAGUGUGGGAAACGGAACCAUCAUGCUGGCUCUGAGCUUGGGCUUACACAUACUCUCCUUCAUGCACGCCGUAUUCCUGCUGCAGGUCAAAGAGGUGCCCAGCAGUGAAACAGAGGAGAGCAACCAUCUGGUUUUUCCUGAAGAAGAGGAGGUUUCUGUCGAGGCUCCGGCUCGUAAAAACAUGACGAACGUGAUUCUGCUGUUCAUUGCUGCCAUCCUGUAUGACAUAUCAGUGGGCGGAGCCAUGGAAAUACUGGGCAUCUUUGUGAUGAAGGCGCCGCUCAGCUGGAAUGCCACUCAGGUGGGUUAUGGGAACGCAGCAGGCAACAUGAUUUUUCUCACCAGUUUCCUCGGCGUUAUGCUUCUGUCGCGUUGGUUCAGCGAUGUCUCGCUCAUCCUGAUUGGAAUGCUGUCAUUCGCCUCAGGAAUCUACUUCAUGUCCUUUGUCACGGCGACCUACAUGUUCUACCUUGCUCGCUCCCUGAACCUGUUUGCUCUCAUCCCAAUGCCCACAAUCAGGUCUCUGCUCUCACAGCAGGUUCCCAAGUCCUCCUAUGGGAUCAUCCUUACCAUGCUGCAGCUGGUCUUGAAGUUUGCAGGUAUGGCCUACAUCCCCAUCUACACCAGAAUCUACCAGCACACUCUGGACUGGUUUCCCGGCUUCGUCUUCACAUUGUCCACAGUGUUUACCGUCCUGGGAAUGAUACCCAUCAGCUUGAUUGGCUGCAGAUCUGGACAGAGGCCUCAAUACAACAGGAUACAGUGAGACUGAUGGCAGCGACUUUAAACCUGCUAACGGAAAUCAGUUUGAAAACAACUCCAGACUUUACUUUCAGUUCCUUAUAAUCUAAAAACUGAAAAGUGGAAGCUGCUCGAGGGGUAACUCACUUUAAAUAACUCAUUUUAAAUGUGUUUGACAGAAAGACUAAAACGUCAUCUGUAAACAGAUUUUAUUCCCCACAGAAGUAACUUUGUGGUCGACAGUACAGCUGUUGCUGUAUGCAAACGAUGCUGUAAUAUUAAUCCUAUGUGGAUUUUACAUGUACACAUUCACGUGUACUUUUGUCUGUCUUUCUGAAAAGACAUGAAGCCUGAAUGUGUCUCGUGUCUACCGCUCCGGGCUAAAUCUUCUUUGUAAUCUACCCUUUAUUGCCAAAUAUGGUUUGGGUUUAAUCCUUACUAAGACAAAAGGAUGCAACAGCAACACAUCCCCAAACCUGCAUUCAACCUGUCUCAAGUUUUAGUGCAGCGAACUUGAGGACCAAGUUUCACCUUAAUGCACAAAGUGUUUGUGAAGAUAUCGCACACAUUUAUCAUUUAUUUGUUUAUUUGACAGGUGCAAUUCAGUCAACAUAGAUCGAGCAAUAUCUGCGACUGAUGCGAUGCACAAAGAGUUUAUAGCUUCAACUAAUUCACAACUCUUGUCCCUGGUUGGGCCUUUCUACAAAUUACAUGAUUCAUAAUUCUACAAUUUACAUAAUUCAUAAUUCUACAAUUUACAUAAUUUGUAAUUCUAAAAUUUAAUUAAAUAAUAAACCUCAUUCAUCAUUUCAUUAGAUCAUCGACCCACCUUCUCACAUGUAAAAAUUUCUUACAUUUCCACACCUUCCAACACACAGCCAUAAUUUACAAAAACUUAACUGAAUUUCUGUGGGUUAGCGCACUCACUUCUCCAAUCCUUCCUUGACCCACUUUUUUUACUCACAAUGAUAUGUCUGCACAUGGGGGCAACAUUGGU